AUGGCGUGGUCGUCGCCGGCGCUACCGCUGCUGCCGGGUCUGGGCAGCGCGCAGGCCUCGUGGGUGGGGUCUCUGCCGUCGCUGGGGGCGGCGCUGGGCCCCUGGCUGGGCGGCUGGGCGGCGGACCGCGCGGGCCGCCGCACCGCGGCUCUGCUGUCGGCGCUGCCGCUCGCCGCCUCCUGGGUGGCGCUGCUCUUCGUCCGGCAGCAGCCGCUCUGGCUGUGCGCCGUGCGCUUCUUCUCCGGCAUCGGCGUCGGGCUCGUCUACGCCGUGCUGCCCAUCUACUCCGCGGAGAUUGCACAGGCAGACGUCAGAGGGGCCUUAGGUUCACUGAUGCAGACGUCUAUAACAGUGGGCUUCAUGAUCGACUACUGCGCCGGGCCGUUCGUGUCGUACACGACGCUGGCAGCCAUCGGGCUGGCGACGCCCCUCUUGUUCGUGGCGUGCUUCGUCUGGAUGCCGGAGUCGCCCUACUACCUGUUGGCUGUCGGGGACGAAGCCGCGGCGGAGCGAGCCCUGCGCUGGUUACGCGACAUCAAUCAAGACGUCAUCUUCGAGCUCCGUGAGAUAAAGAAAGCCGUGGAAGAGUCUCGGCUGUCGGAGGGCUCGCUGCUGGCUGUGUUCCGGACGCGGCGGUCGCGCCGCGCGCUGGCCAUCUCGCUGGGCGUGGUGUGCGCCGAGCAGCUGGCGGGCAUCAAUGCGGUGCUCUUCUACACGCAGAGCAUCUUCGACGCCGCGGGCGGCGACGUGGACAGCCGCGUGGCGCCCAUCAUAGUCAGUGGCGUCAUGCUGCUCGUGUCGUGCCUCGUGCCCUUCCUGGUGGACCGUCUCGGCCGCAAGUUCCUGCUCAUCUUCUCCUCCACGGGCAUGUCUCUCGCCCUGGUAAGCCACCAGUCCUAG